CGCCUGAAGAACCACGAGGGGCAAGGCCGAACUCGCUGACGUUUUUCGGACCAUGGAUGAUGGAUGAUGCCGGGGAAAACCAGUAUCGGUGGUGUCAGGACAACUAAACUCGCCGCCAACUCGGUACCAUAUCCAACAAGCGAUCCACAUUAGGCCUCGGGGAACCUUCAGUUUCGGUUUGACCUUGUAACGAAAUCCAUUUCUUUUGUUCACCGUCCUCUACACACUUGGAUCACGGGCGCGACAUCGAUACCCGCAAUAGACAGCCACCAAACCAGACUCUCAAAACUCGCUCGGCCAAGCCAUCAUCAACCCGACCACAUCUGAACCGCGCAACCAGCAUUAUGUCGACCAUCAAGGACAUUACCAGUAUCGAGGCUUGGAACAAUCAUGUGUCGUCAUUGCCGGCGUCCACCCUCCUGAUUGUCUCCUUCCACGCGCCCUGGGCUGCGCCCUGCGCCCAGAUGGCGACAGUGCUCAAGACAUUGGCGAGCGAAUAUCCCGUUACUGAACCGCUUUCCACCUCCUGGGUCUCGAUCGACGCCGAAGAACUGUCGGAAAUUAGCGAAACGUACAACGUGACGGCCGUUCCCUUCCUCGUGCUCGCCCGGAAUAACCAGGUUUUGGAGACGGUUAGCGGAAGCAGUGCCGUCAAGGUUCGACACGCGAUUGAGACCCACGCCAAAAAAUCGGCCCAGUCCGGCAUUGAAGCUAGUGAGAAGACACCGGCGAUCGCAAAUGGCGCCGCAACUGCUGAGGGCCAGGCCGGCGACGUUGUACCUCAGGAUCCCAAGAAGCAAAAGGAGGAGUUGUUCAGACGUCUGGGUGACCUGGUCAAGGCCGCCCCGGUCAUGCUGUUCAUGAAGGGUACUCCCAGUGAGCCCAAGUGCGGCUUCUCGCGACAACUGGUUGCUAUUCUCCGAGAAAAUGCCGUCAAAUACGGUUUCUUUAACAUUCUAGCGGACGACGAAGUACGGCAGGGCCUUAAGGAGUUUGCUGAUUGGCCUACUUAUCCACAACUUUGGGUCGACGGUGAGCUAGUGGGGGGACUCGAUAUCGUCAAGGAGGAGUUGGCGAACGACGCCGACUUCUUCAAACCAUAUAGUGUCAAGGCGAACGGCGAUGCGUCCGCCGGGCAAUCCUAGGUUUCAGCAUGCACCGAACCUUCCUUGGUCGGAACGGGAACCGCUGUAUAUAUGCUCUUGAGCGACUGUCAGUCUUGAAAAUAGAGGCAAAAAGGCAGAUCACGUUCUUGUCGAGUGUCCCCUAUAUC